AGAUUCUCCUUUUGUUAGCAGAGGUUAGAGAGUAAAAAGGAAGUGUUGGUGCAUGAGAGAGUUAGGGGAAUUAAGUGUGGAAUUUCUUCCAAAAGUAGAGACAAGAAGAAAAAUAUAGAACAGCUCUGGUCACUUGUGGGCAGUGUCAUUUGUCAUCACAACUAACAGUAGAUUAUCAUUCCAGAUUAAUCAAGUUUUGAACAAGUUUGUGUAUUUAUGGGAAGUUCACCUUUUAAGCUAGUAUUUAUUCAGUAAAUGCAUAGUUAUUUGACUGGGCUGACACCACUCCUGUCUUGUGCAGCCCGAGAGAUGGAGAUCGAGAGUGCAGAUGAAGUUGCUAUUGUUGGAAUAGGAUGCAACUUUCCUGGAGGAGAAGGAAUUGACAGUUUCUGGAAAGUCCUGGAGGAAGGCAAAAACUGCACCGUAGAAAUCCCCCCUGAGAGAUUCAAUGCCAAGGAGUGGUAUGAUGCAGAUGAUAACAAGCCAGGAAAAAUGUGCACAACACGAGCUGCUCUUCUUGAUGAAUUUAAUACAUUUGACAACCACCUGUUUGGGAUUAAUAAUAUGGAAGCAGAACGCAUGGAUCCACAACAGAAAUUGCUGAUAGAGUGCACAUACAAAGCCCUGGAGGAUGCAGGAGUUCCUGUAGAAUCUGUCAGUGGCACCAGAACAGGUGUUUUUAUUGGUAAGAUGAGAAUUUCAUGGCAAAGAAAGUGUGUUUGAAGCUCAUAAAGGUUGGAGCAAUCCUUCAUAACCUUUCAAUAUGUUAUCUAGCACUGGAUCUAGGCUGGAUCUAGACUGGAAAUGUAGGGCUACCGUGCCAUGGCACUACUGAUUACUUUUGGUAAGCAUUACCAGGCUACUCUAGAAGUUCAUGGUACAAUUCCUGUAUCUCUUUUUGGUGCUCUUCUUCCUGUGUUCAGGCACUGAAGUGAAGCAGGAAACAGUUAAAACUGCCUCCCCAGCCCAACCCUUCUUAGGAAAGACACUUCCAAGCAAGGCUGUGAUGUUCCAGCCUUAAGGGGAAGGGAACACCCAAGAUGCAUAAUGGUGUGGCUCUGCAAAAAAAUCACAAAAUUUUAAUAGGAAAUUACACACUUGGCAUGGAAAUUGGAGUGUUAGUCAGC